AUGGGACACAGCAACGUCUGGAAUUCUCAUCCCAAAACCUACGGUCCUGGUUCUCGCACUUGCCGUGUGUGUGGGAAUUCACAUGGAUUGAUUAGGAAGUAUGGCCUUAUGUGCUGCAGGCAGUGCUUCCAUAGCAACGCCAAAGAAAUUGGUUUCAUCAAGUACCGUUGA